AUGGGCUGGUUCACGCGCUCCCGCUCCGACUCGUCCCCCUCCCGCCGUUACGCCCGCUCCUCCGCCGGCAGCGUCUUCUCCUCGUCCUCCUCCCGACAUCACAGCUCCACAUCGCGCUACAAGCGCAGCCCGCGAGAAGGCUACAUCCAGUAUUUAUACCAGAAACUGCGGCACCUGCUGCGGAAACUGUGGCGGUAUUGUCGGGCGCACCCCUUCAAGGUGUUCUUCAUGGUCAUCAUGCCGCUGAUUAGUGGCGGCAUGUUGCAUAAGGUUGCGAAGAGGUUUGGGGUGGAUUUGCCGGGGGGAGGAGCGGGGAAGAGGGUUGGCGGAGGGGGUGGAGGGUAUUAUGGAAGUGAGGGGUAUGGGAGGGAGGAAGGGGAGGGGGGAGGGUUGGAGAAGUUGGCGAGUGGGAUUGGGGGGUUGGCGAGUGUGGCUAAGAUGGCGCAGGCGUUUAUGUAGGGGUGGGGGAUGUCUAGGAGGGCUUUGGGAUGGGGACGAGGAGUGAUGCGGGUUUGCAUGGAAGAAGUAUAUGGAUAUGUUCUGGAAGUGCGAGAGGAUACGCUUGGGAAGGAGGGGAUGAUGACGUGUUGGUUGAUAUCCGCUACUGGAUUCUAUGUUUAUGACUGGGCGGCCAUGAGAUAUGGUUUGAGUUUCCUAGAUGUUCCGUUUCGCAAGAUACAAGUCAUGGUUUUGACUUUAUUUUCGCGAGAUGUUGCUUUUUAAGUAAAUGACUUAACCAAGACUUAACCAAGUAUGUGAUUGAUCAUAUUUACAGGACGC